AUGGAUCGGCUGGGUGGCGGCGACGGGUCACUGGGAGGAGGAGGGGGGAUCCCGUUCGUGUCGGAAUGGAGUGCUGCUGCAGGGCAGCGGUACCAGCACUUCCUUGACAAGGCGACGCCAUUUGUGCUGCGGCGGUGGGGGGCCUUGUGCGUUGUGGCUCUCGUCUAUGUCCUCCGGGUCGGGUUCUUCGUGCAGGGCUUCUACGUCGUCUCCUACGGGCUCGGCAUCUACAUCCUCAACCUGUUUAUCGCCUUCCUGUCGCCCCAGGUCGAUCCCGAGAUCCAGGAGCUCGUCGACGGUGGGAGCGAUGACGCCCCACUCCUGCCCACCAAGUCGUCCGACGAGUUUCGCCCUUUUGUACGACGGCUCCCCGAGUUCAAGUUUUGGUACGCACCGGUGAAUUCUACUCUGAUCUGUGUUGUGAUUCACGGCUGUGGCAAUUUCGUAGAACGUCAUUGCGAACCUCUGUGGAAUCCUCACGGGUAAUCGCAAUUUUGGAUUGCCUCGUUGCAUUAUUGUAACUGGAAAACAAAUGCGAUUACAUGAUUUUAAAAAAUGUAUGAUCUGUAAGAUGAAUUCAAGUCUACGCCAUUUUGUGACUGCAAUAGAACUAUACGAUCAUUUUUCCGUCUGAAAGUUGUAGGCUUAAGCAAGUGUCUUCCUCACAUAAACACGGAUAGGGUUUUGCAUGAAGAUUUCAAACUUUGGUGUAGCAAAAAAUAUUUUUCUCACUCACAGUAAAGACGCCCACCUCAGGCCUGUGAAGCUUCGUCUUGUCCCCAGUGCAUAUACUUUCCCUGGCAACUCAUUAAAUGGUAAUUUUCAUUUUUCAUGAGAAAUCUUCUGAUUGACCAAUUGGCUGCCCAUCUCCAUUCUUUAGAUGUCGUCAACGUUUUGAUUACACUGCAUUUUUUAAAUACAAAAGAUGGAUUACCUAUACUGCAGAAUUUUCUCUGAAGAGUCUUUGGCUUUGUCAUGGCCCUUCAAUUUUUUGAUCCGUGGAUUCGAAGAAGAAAAACAAAAGUCGUUGGAAACUCUUGCCAGAUUGGGUUGAACAUCAUUCAUUUUCCUGGAAUCACAGUUUUUUGGCCUAUUUUUCUCACGAGAUCUUGUUGACCUGUGCAUGAAGUCUUCAUUAUUAAGGAGAUAUUUCUGGAUAGGUAAAUGAGAGUUCUCACUAGAAUUCUCCGGUCUCCCUAGAUACAGUCUUGACAUAACUCUCCUUGAGAAUCCAUAUACACUCGCGUUUUUCAUUUGGUAUUUGUUCAUUUCACAUCAAAGGUUGCAUACUGGAAGGGACGUAGAUAUUUCUCUCCCUGGUCAGCAAAUAGAGAAAGCAAUACUUCAUGAAAAUGGUUUUAGGAACGCUUAGAUCGUUUAGAUACCAUGAACCAUACAUCUUCUUCCUCAUCCUUCCCUUUCCUGACUUAUGCCGUCAUCCCUUUCAUAGCGCUCUUUACCUUUUCUAAAAGGCACUCCUUAUCUAUUCAAUUCGUUUGUACAUUAGUUUAUGUAAGCUGGAAAGUGCUGGUUUGAAGAGAAUCCAUUGUUUUUUCCAGUUGAUGGUCUGAUCUUCCAUUCUGGAAAUCUAUUGCCAAAUUACUUUAUGAUGCCAAUCUCUGCCUCACUUCUUGUUGGGCAAUCAGAUAAAAGUAUGCCAAAUUACUUGAGGUAGAACGAUAGUUUAUUGCAUCCUAAAAAAUCAUUGACUACAUUGUUCUUGUUAUCUGGAGUUUAAUUUCAAACUUCGUGAAUUUAACUCAUCGGUUCUUUUGUCACAAAGAAAACGUUCUUUUUCAAAGGAAUUUAACGUUCUUUUAUGAUGUCAUUUGCUUUGAAAAAGAACGUUUUGUUCCCUUAUGAUUCACAUGGAUUCGAGUACGGAAGAGUGCUGUGGUUUCAUACUUUUUUCUCUGAAAAUAUUCUUUAGCCUUGUAUUUUUCUGUCAUUUCAUUUCACUAAACUGUUUGUUAUUUUUUCCCUUUAAAUUUUUCAAUCUAUCCCCUUCUUUUAAUCAGCUUCGUUCGGCCAAAUUUCAAGUGAUAAUCGUCAAUUUUACUUCAUAAUUUACAGUUGUGACCAAAAGGAAAGGGAGAUAAAGGCAGGUCUCAUGUAAUAGCCAAUGAAUGAUACAAAAAGGUCUUCAUACCAAUACUUUCAUCAUUGCCCGGAUUUCCUUGCCUGAGUGAGAUGUGAGUGCUGAUGCUCAGUUGCUUGAGGAAAUCAAUCAUAAAAUAAGUCUCUGUGGUAAACGUGUGUUGGAAAUCUGUCUCUCGGACUCCCUUUUCUCAUAGGAUGUAACUAGGAAGUUAGAGGGUGUUGUGUGUCAUAACUCUUGGGAGAGUCUUGUCUGUCUCUCUUAGGCCGUUUGUAUUGAAAGGCAUGCUUAGAGCGUUGGAGAAUUACAGGCAUCUGUUGUGGAUGUAACUAGGAAGUUAGAGAAUAUGCAUACGUCAAUAUUCUUCCCAUGGUUGACUUCUCUUCUGUGUUUCCCAACACCCUGACCAUCACUGUCACCUUCCAUACCAAUGAGAUCCCAGGGCAUAACUUGAAACAUAGCUGGGUCUCUCCCACCAGGAAUCAAGUAUAGAUCUCAUUUGCCUGAUCGAGCAGUACAUUGAGACUCAUGGCAGAUAUUUAUUAGAUCAGGAGACAUAGACGCAGAUUGUGAAAUGUGAAUGGCUGAUAUAAAGACCCGGAGAUAGGGUGCCCCUAUUAUCUGUUAGAUGCUAGAUGCUCUUCCUUUUUAUCUGUCUGUGUUCUAAUGUUUCCUUUGUAAUAUGUUGCUUAAUUUUUGGGUAUUAGUUAUCCAUUUUGUACUAAUAUCUACGAAUCCUUUGUGAUGUUUGUCAAAUCCUUCACCAUCUGCUACAAAUCCAUUCCUCUUUCGCCUUCUUCACGAAACACGUAUGAAAUUGUUGUUGCUGUUUUCUUUCAGAUAAACAAGUCCUUUUCUUUUCUGGAUAUUUCGAUCUUCUUCCUUCCCUGCUUUGUUUGUUGUGAUCCGGCCGGAACUUGGUGUUAUUACCAGUUGCAGAUAAAUACCACCCCCUGUUACAAUUAAAGGUGUUUCUUUUACUCUCAGCUAGGAGUGACUAAUGUCUCUAAUGUGUCGCAGCUAAGCAUGUGGAUUUAGUAUCAGUUGGCUCAGGGUGUGGAAAGAUUGGGGUUGCAUCUGAUGCUUGUGCUGGGGUGAAGAGUUCUCAAAAACUAAAGAUUGAUAUCCAGAUGGAUCAUCAUGUGUUGCACACUGAUGAUGAUGCAAUUUUCUAGUGUCAGAUUUGCGUUUGGUGAUCUAGUUGAAUGGUGAAUGGAAUCUUGCUUUUACCUCUUAUGUGAUAUCCAUGUGUUGAUUCAGGUUGAUGUGAUGCGCAUGUGUAUAUCACAUGAUGUCUUUUAUGAGAUUUUAGAUAUGCCAUCUUCCUUGUCAACAGUCGUUUUGGGAUUUUAAUAUAACUAAUUAUUAUAUAGCCGUGACGUACCUUUUAUUAAUCAGAAUCAGAAAGAUAACUGUCUCACUGUAGUGGAUAAACUAUUGGAUUUAGUUGAUUAUGCAAGUCCUUUUCUGUUUUGGAAAAAUAAUAUGUUUCAGUAAUUUUCUCAGCCGCAAGCUGUAAAUCUAACCAGAUUUUUGAUGGGAUGUUUUCUGGAUGGAUGGUGUUGGUCCUCCCCAAUUGGGCUACGAGGAUUUCUGGUUUUAUUUUCCAGGAUUGCCUUCUUGAUAAUGCCUGUACCGCAUAUUUCUGUUGCUUUAUGUCCUUACAAAGACGCUUGCUAAAAAUAGCAUCUUGUGGGUCAUUUGGGAGAGGUCAAAGCUAAUUUUACCUUGAAUCAACUUGGAUUUUGAAAUGUUCCUGAACCAUGGUGCUCAUUCAUCUCUUGCAGGUAUUCCUUACUAAAAGCGCUCUGCAUUGCCUUCGUUAUGACAUUUUUUAGCAUGUUCGAUGUUCCUGUCUUUUGGCCAAUUCUACUCUUCUAUUGGGUGGUUUUGUUCACUGUUACAAUGAAGCGGCAGAUACUUCAUAUGAUUAAAUACAAAUAUGUGCCAUUUUCUUUUGGCAAGCAGGUAUCUUUACACCUUCCAUCUUUCAGAUAUAGCCUGAUUUUGUUAGGGGGGGGAGGGGGGGAGGGGGGCAUGGACCUGUCUUGCUGAUGGCUGUGUGUGUGUGUGUGUCUCUCUCUCUCUCUCUCUCUCUCUCUCUCUCUUCAGCGUUACACAGGGAAAAAGGGGUCUUCAGCAGAUGAUCUUACUACCCUUCCAAAGGAUUGA